CCAACAACAAUCAGGCAAAAUCAGUCAAAAAUUUUAGUAUUUUUAUAGCUUUAUUUAAUUUGUUGCUAAACUAAAAAUAAAAAGUAUAUAAUUUCGCACUAAAUGUGUGUAACAUAUCAUUGUGCAAUAAAAUGUUUUAAAUAAGUUAACAAAGUCAAUCCAUAAAACCCCAUAGAAGAUGUGUCAACAACAAAAACCCCUUAGCGUCUGCUAAUUAAAUUAAUGCUGACAUAAUAAUGUGACUAUUUGUAUACAAUGAUGUGGAUAAAUGAAUUUAUGACAGCAGACCGACCAGUGGUAAACAACAAUACAAGGGAACACAAAUGGCCUGAAAUCGCAAGAACAGAAAUGCAGUUUUAAUAAAAGCAUUUUAUUUUUUGCUUCUAACAAAAAAAAACACACACUUAAACAACAGCAACAACAUAAAAUGCCUUCUAUGCGUUUUGCUAAUAGAUUAGUUACAAGAACCCUUUUGCUUCUUACGUUAUUAUUAGGCGCUUAUAAUGAAAUUUUCAUUUAUUACUUUAAUCGAACUUCUUGGCAAGAAAUCAAUUGCAAAUUGGAUAACUGCACUCGUAUGCUUUUAAUAGCAGACCCACAGCUGCUGGGCUUAACUUAUGAUAAAUCAUUUUACAGUGGGGUGGCCAGAUACGAUUCUGACAGAUAUUUACAAAAAACUUUUCAACAAGCAUUGACCUUUACCAAACCCCAUAUUAUCUGUUUCUUGGGUGAUCUCUUGGAUGAAGGUAAUGUGGCAUCUCCCGAUGAAUUCCAAAGUUAUGUGCAACGUUUUCGCAGUAUUUAUAAAACUCACGAAGAUAUAAGAUUUAAAAUGCUUUCACCUUUCAAUCAGCUUAUACAUAUACCGGGAGACAAUGAUAUUGGCGGUGAGAAUGGUGAAUAUAUAUCGAAUCUCAAUAUACACCGCUUUGAAGAGGCCUUUACACAACGCGAUAUAUUCGACUAUAAUCUAUUGCGUUUCUUUAAAAUAAAUCGCAUGAUGCUGGAUUUUACAAAUCCCGAUAGACUUAAUAAUAAACAAAAGCUACGCAUUGGUCUAUCACAUGCACCUAUACUUAUUGGUGGCGGACCGUUAUUAAGAGCCAUAUUAACGGAAUUAGAUCCGCAUAUUAUAUUUUCCGGCCAUUGGCAUGAAUCUCGUAUAUUUAUACAUCCCUCCACAAAGGUAAUUAGUUUUUAUGAACCUACCGUCAAGCAUUUCAAUUUAAAGCAAAUGAAGGAACAACAACACAGUUAUUUGGAAAUAAUGGUGCCGACUUCAUCAUAUCGCAUGGGUAAAACAAAUAUAGGCAUGGGUUAUGCCGUAUUAGAAAAUUAUGAUCUCAGUUAUACUGUAUUAUGGCUACCAAAUCGUUUUAUAUCUUUAUUAGUCUAUGUGUUUUGGUUACUCUUCGUUUUUUGCAUGAUACUUACAUUUCGCAUGAUGACUCGUUGUCCGUUUCGUAAAAUCUCAAAACGUCAAACUCAAUAUCAACUCGUUAACAAUAGUACACCUGAAUAUUAAUAAAAAAAUCUCUAUAUAUAUACAUAUAUACAAGUAGUAUAUAAAUAUUUAUUAUUCCAAUAAUUUUUAAGUAUGUACUUAUUAUAUUAUACAAAUACAUAUUGUUAUGUGUAUGUAACGAAUUUAUUAACAAUUUGACUAGACUUUAAACAAUCAUAUAUAAAAAUAACAUUAGUUCCAACGACUUAACAAUAUCUAUAAUUAUUUAUUUAUUUAAUAUUUAUUAAAGAAAAAUGUGUUAAACAAAAUACUAUUUCUAGAAAAGACAAGUAGUUAAUUGUUUAUUUAAUAAAAAAAAAAUAUAACCAAUUUACACCAUAAA